AUGGAGCACCAGGUUACUAGAUUUUCCCUAGAGUUUUGAAGCAGUAAAAAAAGUAAACAGCUGUUGUAACUUCUGGAUGUCAACCACCGAAAUAAUAAUUUAUUCUCGCAAUAAAUAAUUCUCAUCAUGGAGGAACAAAAUUUGCCGAUUGAUAUUAACGCUGGGAAAUUGUUGGACUGGUUGAUAACUCGUCGUCAUUGCAAUCGUGGCUGGCAAUCCAACAUCCUGGUGAUCAGAGAGAAAAUAAAUAAUGCCAUCCAGGACAUGCCCGAGCACGAGGGCAUCACCAAAAUAUUGACUGGAACUCACAUUAAUUAUUUCCACUGCCGGUCGAUCAUUGAAAUACUCAAGGAAACCGAAGCUGAUACAAAAAAUUUGUUCGGACGUUAUGGCUCGCAACGGAUGAAAGAUUGGCAGGAAAUUGUUCGAUUGUACGAGAAAGAUAAUCUGUACUUGGCUGAAGCUGCCCAGAUGUUGAUUAGGAACAUCAGUUAUGAAGUGCCAAGUUUCAAAAAGCAAAUACAAAAGGCUGAGCAAACUGUGCAUGAACUGGAUAAAAAGGCUCUGGAGUAUAAAAAAUCCGAAAACACAGCCAGAACGGAGUUCGCGAAUUUAUGUAAACAACUGGGGAUUCCAGGCAAUAGAAUCAAGCGAGAAUUGAUAGGGAAAAUCGUCGAGUUGUCAGACAUUUACGAGAGAAUAGCGAAAAAAGUUGAAUCACUGACACCAGUGAUUGCAUUUUACACGGGAUUCGUGGAGUUCACCCUGGGUAGAAGUCGUCCCAAUGGUUGUGCGCCCAUGAUUCAAUACGUCAUCUCCAAAGGAAAUACCACAACUUACGAGUGGAUAUACGGGGAAGCGCCUCUCUCGGUGGUCGAGCCUCCACUGAACGUAGAUUUCGACGAUGAGGAGAAAAUGCCUUUUGGGAGUGACAACAUCGUCGACCUGGGCGAUUCGAACGAAAAUGCGGGAAUCGAUUUUGGGGACGAAAUUAAUCUUGAAGGGGGCGACAUAGACUGGGGAAAUUUGGAGGAUGAAGACGGUCAUGGGGAUGCGGUGGAUUUCAAUAUUUCAUUGGAGGAGUCUGGAAUCGUUGUAGAAGCGGCUGGACACGAGGGGGGAACUGCUACUGGGAACGAAGCCCUGACGAUACUCGAUAAUCCAAAAACGAGAAGCGAUUUUAUUGACCAAUUGUUGGAGUUGGAGGCGUUCCUCAAGUUACGACUGUACGAAUUAAAGAGUGACAAUCGUCAGAAUCUGCUGACCAUGAGCCAAAUGCAAGAAGCCUCUCCGGUCCUGCAACUUUCGACUGUAGAGAGCACUCAAAAUAUGUUGGACAAUGUCCAGGUCAUUCUAUCGGAGAUAUUAGACAGUCGUGUUCAGCAUCUACACUAUAUCAAGCACUCUGUCAGAUAUGUGGAUGUGCUGGCUGGGACCCUGCAACAAAAGCUGGUACUGGCGGAUAAAAUGAUUGCGAUGCAAAAUUCUGUUAAAGUCAAACAAGAAGACGUGAGGGAGCGGGCGAGUGCUCUUCAAGCUGUACUUAAAGUCGUUGUGCAGAGGACUCGAGAACUGCAGAGUGAAAUCGAAAAGGAUAUCUCAAAGAAAUACAAAAAUCGUAAGGUCCAUCUGACCGGGGGCAUAAGCACUCUAUAAGGAUCUCCUCAGGAUUUGUUGUAUAAAAAAAAUUGUUGCUGACUAAUUAAGCCCGAUGGACUUAUCGUUCAUUUUUUUAAUGAGUUUAUACAUAAUAUGAACUAGGUAAUGGCUAUAAAUACUUGUAAAUAAACAUUUUGUUAACAUGAAUAUAAAAA